GUGGGGCGGGCGAAAAGAGCCCGGAACCCUGCUUCCUGCCUCGCGUUUCCCUCCCGUGGGGUCGGAGCGCUGCAGUGGGCGGGCCAGCACCGCGGCCGUCGGACUCGGGUCACUAUGGCAACGCGGCGGGGCCGGAGGCUGCGGCGGACGGUCGUUCCGGAGAAGCGCCACUCCGCGACGGAUUGGAGAUAAGAGAGCAGAGGAAGCUGCUCGAGUGCGGCGGGGGGAGCGCCCCCCGAGCGGAGCCGUGUGCGCGACGGGCGGGCGGCUGGCUCUCGGAAGCUUCUGGGCUCCAGUCCUCUCUCAGCUCCUUCGCUGCCUCGUUUUCUCAUCUGCAAAGUGGGAGAGCGCUUCGCGAGCCUGUUCCAAGGACCUGGCUCUCGUCGGUGAGCGGCCGGUCCCCGUCUUCCCUUCCUCGGUGGUCCUCCUAGACAUCCUGCCCCGCUCCCUCUGCUGCAGGGCGAGGAUAGGGUAGAAAGGGCCCUUCGGAAGGUACGUGUGACCACACAGCUGCUCACUGGCCCCGAGCGUCCUCCCGCUUGGCGACAGCGAUGCCACAGAUGGGGAUCUGAGGGGGGGGCGCGGCGGAAGGACGGCCAGAGCCCCUGACUCUGCGCCCCCCUCCCCCGCCGCAGCUGCCCCGAUGCUGCCGCCGCCCUCGGAGCAGGCCCUGGGCCAGCUGCUGGCUCGCAAGGAGGAGGAGUGGAGGGCGCUGCGGGCCCACCGCUGCCAGCUGCAGGAGGCCGCGCUGCAGGACGCGCACAGCCAGCUGCACGAGGCGCAGGGGGCGCUGCGGCGCCUGCGGGAGGACUUCGUCUACAACCUGCAGGUGCUGGACGAGCGGGACCGCGAGCUGGAGCGCUAUGACACCGCGUUCGCCCAGGCCCGGGCCCGGGAGGAGGCGCGGCAGGCGGAGGUGAGCGAGCUGAGGAUGGAGGCGGCCCGGCUGAGGCGGGCGCUGGCCAGCGAGGCCCGGCGGCUGGACGACCUGCAGCGGCGGCACCAGCUGAACUUGGAGGAGCACCGGCUGGAGCUGGAGCGCGCGCACAGUGAGAAGAACGGUGAGAUCGACCAGCAGCGGGAGCAGUAUGAAAACCUGAAAUGGAGGCUGGAGAGGAAGCUCGAGGAGCUGGAUGGUGAACUUGCUCUGCAGAGGCAGGAGCUGCUGCUGGAGCGGGAGUCCGAGAUGCAGAAGAGGGAGCACGAGUUCCGCCUGCAGGCUGACCGCAUGAGCAACGAGGUCCUGACACACGAGCUCAAGGUUAAACUGUUGGGCAAGGAGCUCGCGGCUCUGAAGGAAGCUGCAGCACAGGCCGCGGAGUCGCUGCGGAGCGCCGAGGCCGCGAACUCAGAGCUGCAGGACCAGCUGCAGCGCAGCGGGCAAGAGCUCAGGGACCUGGCGGCGGCCAAGGACGCACGGAUCAAGGACUUAGAAGGCCAACUUCACUUGGAGCAGCAGGCCAGGAAGAAGGAGGAGGAGGCGUUCAGGAGGAAGCACGAGGCGCUGGACCACCUGGCCAGGGAGAAGGACGCGGUGCUGGUGGCUGUGAAGGGUGCCCACGUGGAGCAGCUGCAGGCGCUGGAGGCCAGGGCGCUGGACUUGCAGGCCCACGGCGACAGCCUCGAGCUGCAGCUCCGCAGGGCAGAGCGGAGGCAGGCCGAGGCCUUGAAGGAGAAGGACGCCGCCAUGGACAAACUUCGUGAAGAGGCGUCGGCUCUAAAAUCGGGCUGGGAUGCCCAGGUCGCCCAGCUGUCCAAGGACCUGAUCUCCAAGGACCUUCGGAUUCAGGCGCUGCAGGAAGAGGCAGUGGAGCUCAAGGCACAGCUGGCCAGGUGCCAGCAGGACGUCGGAAGGUAUAAGCAGCAGCUGCUGGCGGCGGCGGAGCGGGAACAGUGCCUGCAACGCGACAAGGUGCAGCUGGAGCUGGACUGGCGACACCGCUGUGACAGUCGCGAGAGGGACCACUACCGCGCGUCUGAGGACUUGCUGCAGGCUCUGACUGCCGCGCGGGACCAGGUUGCUGCCAAGCUCCAGGAGACAGAGCGGACGCUGUGUGACCAGGAGGUGGUGCUGAAGGCCUUGACCCUUGAGAGAGACCAAGCCGUGCAGGCGUUGAGGACACGCGGGCUUCUUCCUGAGAAGGAGGUGCUCCUAAGGCAUCGUGAAGAAGAAGGAAGUGAAAGUUUUCCAUCUAGUGAGAUCCAGAGGCUCCAGGAGCAAAACGCAAGCUUACGACGCGCUGUUGCGGAGAUGAGGGAGGAAAUGGAGACCCUGAACGACCAGGUUCUUCCUCCUGAGCAGUCAGGGGGUCAUCCCUCUGACCCCGCACAGCCCCUUCCAAAGGCAGCAGCUGAGGCCGCGGCUCCUGAUUACAUCAUGGUCCUCGAAACAGAAAUCAGAAAUCUGAAGCAUAAAUUUGAAACCCUGGAAGGACAGGUAGAAGAUGUGUUAGAUCCUUCGAAGAUGUCCUCAUCUCACUCUGACGUUCAAGCCAGCGUCCACAUCUUGGCCGAAGUGCCUGGAGGAGCCGUGCCGGCCGAUGGCACACCCGUGGGUCUAGCGCUCGGGAGGCUCAGAAACAGGACACAUCUCCUGAACUUCCUGGUGGCCCGGCUCAGGCAGAAGCUGCUGCAGAAACCCCUGGGCGCGGACACCGUCCAGCACGAGCUGCCCCACGAGGUGGGCCAAGUGCACCUGGAGGCUUUGGAGCUGCAGAAGCAGGUGGCUGAGCUCGAGGAGCAUAUCGGGAGCCACUGGCGGUUACGAGCCUUGGACCAGGUGGCCCUUGCGAGGCAGGUCCCUGCAGACCAAGGACCCAAGGGGACCAAAGACCAGAAGCCACAGCCCCCGCAGGUGUCGUCUGUGCCCCGACUCCAGAGGAAACUGAAGGAGGCGGCCCGAGAAAUCAUCCGCCUCCGCCUAGAGAAGGAGCAGCUCCUGGAGGCAGGAAACAGGCUCCGAGCAGAGCUGGGCCGCGGCCCAGCAUGAAUAACGUAAGACAGUCCAGCCGAGGUGGCAUCAUCUGUCUCCUGUGGUUUCCAGGUGCUUUUCCGGGCGCCUCUGCAGACCACCCCCCCCCCCCCGGCCCCGCCUGCACCCGCCCCGGGAUGUGUCCUCCCUCAGCUGCCUGCGGCAAGCACCCCGUCCCCGUCUCCGCAGCCCGGGGCUCCUCGAGGGGUCAUCUGCAAGAAUCUUCACAUCCAGUGCUGUUGUAAAGACUUUGCUUUGGGGGCAGUCGCAGGAUCGCAGCAAAACUGCAGGGAAGGUCCAGAGCUUGUCCGCGUGCCCGCCCCUCGCGCACAGCCUGCCCACGUACCCGCCACAGUGCUGUCGGAAGCCUCGUGCAGGGACGUUUCGCCUGCUCAUCCCUCCCCCACCCCGGCAGCCCUGGAUCCUUGUCCUGUCCCCACAGCUCUGCCUUUUCCCAGGGUGCCUGGCACUUGGAGUCACACAGCCUAGAGCCUUUCAUACCUGGCCUUUUCCCCUGAGUUUUUGUGUGUUCUGAUUAUAAAAAGGCUGUUUGCUCAUUGCAAAGAUGUAAGUGUGUGCAGGGAGGUGUUAAUUCCUACAGGAAAGCACAGAUUACUGACCUGAGCAAACCCGCGGCCCGGAGGCGGUGCCAGGCGCCUGUCCGUCCAUCACGGUGUGAGUGUGCAAGCCCCCACACGACCCCACGCUGGAGCGGGUGCCACACGAGCUCUGGACCGGCCCUCUCAGGACGCGUGGGGCCCGGACGGCCGAGCCCACCUCCAGCCAAAGCGGGUCUUGUGCGUUCCCAACAGUGAAUGAAAGCGCUUGUCCGACCGCAGCCUCGCAAGACGCCGUGCUCGUUCGGAGCUGUUUGGGCCUGUCCACUCAGGGAAAACGCGUCGUCGUUUAACUCGGAUUUCCAGUGCGUGUGUGCUGCCAGUGGGUGAUGCCUCAUCAUGUCGUUUUCCUGCUGAAAUUGUUGUUCGUCCAGAAGUGAUUUGCUAAAAAAAAAAAAAAAAGGACAGGGGCGCCUGGGGGGCUCCGUGGGUUAAGCAUCUAGACUUCAGCUCAGGUCGUGAUUUCACAGUCCGUUGAGUUCGAGCCCCACGUCGGGCUCUGUGCCGGCAGCUCGGAGCCUGGAGCCUGCUGUGGAUUCUGUGUCUCCUCUGCUCUUUGCCCCUCUCCCAUUUGCACAUGUGCUCUCUUUCUCCCUCUCUCAAAAAUAAACAUUUGGGGCGCCUGGGUGGCUCAGUCGGUUAAGCGUCCAGACUUCGGUUCGGGUCGUGAUCUCACGGUUCGUGGGUUCGAGUCCGCGUUGGGCUCUGUGCUGACAGCUCAGAGCCUGGAGCCUGCUUGGGAUUCUCAAAAAUAAAUAAAAACAUUUGAAAAAAGUUUAAAAAAGGACAAAUGAGGCUUUCGUUGGCCUGCUGACCCCACACUGUUUAGCAGGUACACGUGAGUAAAUAGUUCCCCACCUUUCUUUUUCAUAAUUACAUGCACGUUUAAAAGCCUGUUGUGAGCAGAAGGUGAUCUGUUGUUUUGCAUCCGCCUGCCAGGGGCUCCUUGACGCCUGCGGCCACACCUUCCUGGAGCCUCUCUCUGGCGGCCCACAUUUUGUUUUGAACCAGGGUCUAGAAUGAUGGCUUGGCUGGAGAAAAUUCCAUGUCGGCAUUUUCUUAUAACCUUUUCAAAGCGGGUGUUUCUCUGUCUUUGAAGAAGUUGGCCCUUGGCCGGUGAAGCCCCUUCCUUGGGGGGUUGGGGGGGGGUGUCCCUGUUCCCUCUGGCCGCUCUUCUCCUGUGACGCCAGCCUGGGUCUGAGCGGGAGUGGGCUGGUGUUACUUUAACCUGCUCAGGAAUGGGAUUGUUUUUUUUAAUCUUAAGACUUGUGGUUUGUUGGUUUUUCCCAUUCUUUGAAAUUUUUAGCCAUUGUUUCUUUAGAUGUUCUUCCCUUCUUUCUAAUCUCUUCUGGAGAUCUCAUUAGACCUGCUGGGAAUCUCUCUCCUCUCCCCCCGCCCCCCUCCUUCCCUCCUGCUUUCUCCCUCAGUCUCUCGCCCAUGUUGUCUCUUUCCCUCUCCAUCUCUCUCCCUCUCUUCCCCCUCCCUCUCUCCCUUCAUCUCUCUCUCUCUCUGUCCCUCUCCCUCCCUCCUUCUCUCUCCCUUCCCCCUCUUCCUCUAUCUCUCCCUCUUCCCCUCCCCCUCCCCCCCUCCCUCCCUCCCUCCUACCAGUGGAUGGAUUCCUGUGUCUUUUUUUUUUAUUAAUUUUUUUUAAAUGUUUAUUUAUUUUUGAGAAAGACAGAGACAGAAUGCAAGUGGGUUAGGGACAGAGAGAGAGGGAGACACAGGGCCCCACCCAGGCACCCCAGAUUCCUGUGUCUUUGCAAGUUUACAUUUCACGUUUAUUCAUUCCUUUCUUUGGGUUUGUUUGAUUAUUCUUUUCCUGAUUUCGUUAACAUUUACUUUAUUCUUGUUUAGUGAUUGCAUUUUUUAAGGUGUGAAUCUUCCAUCUGAGUGUCAAGGUUUUGAGGGAUAGCGUCAUCACUUUGAUUAAUGUCCAGAUACUCUGCCAUUAUGGACUCAGGUUUUCUGUUUCACUCAAGUUGUUUAGGAGAGUUUCAGGAUUUUUUGGUCAUUUUCAAACGUGUUGAAUUUUACUUUUGAACCUGUUCCUUUAGCAGCCUUAUCAUACCAGCUUAUUAACGUUCUUUCUAAAUAUAUGUGUAGUUGCCAAGAACCACGAUUUUUGUGUUAAAAUCUUGCCCGAUUCUCCUUCCCUUCCUCACCGCGUGCGCCGUCCAUUUUCCCGCUGCGUCACUUGGCGUGAAAUAUCCAGACAGUCACAGGUCCUGCCGGUCAGGUUGUGCAGUGUCCUUUCUGAUGUUCAGCGCCGUCAGGGGCAGAAAAAAUGACGUUUUUAAUCAGGUGUUUGGAAGGGUCGUUUCCAGAAGGAGGCAAAAUAUGGCUCUUGGACACCUAUGAAAAAAGAUACAGAUUUGGGGCUUUCUUGUCAUUCAGCAGUGACAGCCAGCUCCAAGGAAAGGGCCAGUCGCGAGUUGCAGAAUAAGGACCCUGAAUUGCAAGUGGAGCUGGAUCUGGUUCUUCUUCUUCUUUUAAUGUUUGUUUAUUUUUGAGAGAGGGAGAGAGACAGCGAGAGCAGGGAGCGGGGGUGCAGAGAGAGAGGGAGACACAGAAUGUGAAGCAGGCUCCAGGCUCCGAGCCGUCAGCACAGAGCCCGACGCGGGGCUCGAACCCACGGACUGUGAGAUCAUGACCUGAGCCGAAGUCGGAUGCCCGACCGACUGAGCCCCCCGGGCGUCCCCGGAUCUGGUUUUUCUAAGGGGAGGGGCUGUCAGGGAAACUGUGGGUUGACCUCGUAAAGUGCAAGCGCGCCUCAACUUGCAGGUCUGUGGGGCUGGAGGCGGGCCGUGGGCGCCGAGGCCUUGCUGCCCUCAGAGCGGUUUCCACUCCAGAGCAUAUGUUUUCUUACCGUUUUUCUGCUUCGGAUAAAACAUAAGCUCAAACAAGGAUGAUUCGUGAUCAUAAGCAAGGCUGGUUGGCACUUGGCUGGAUUAUGUCCAUAGGUGUAGCAAGAAUGUUAAUACACCGAGCCGGCUUUCCUGAGUUCACUUUGCUAGAAGUUUCCAUCAGGAGUCCAGAUUGGACUUUUUACAAGCUUCUCGUUUGUUGUCCUGAUGAGGCCAGGAAGCCAGUAACGCACUGGUUUCAUCUGCUAAAUGAUUUUGAGCAAAUUCCUUUUAUCCCAAGGUUUCAGAACUACCCUGAGGCUCCAUGGCCUGCUGGAGGUGACCUUCCCAGCUCUUCGCCAGCUGUGUGCCUCAGCUCCUUAAGUCAACCGGAGUAACUUAUGGUGACCGGUCCUGACAACUAAGUGAGCAUCAUGCUCAAAUCUGGCCCGCACCACCCGUGUUUCCAGUCAAGUCCCGGUAAAACGGAGCACCGAUUCUCAGGGCACCGGUGCAAGUAAAGAACCAUGUUGCAGGAGGGUAUUAAGAAACAAAAUUCAAGCAGGUGAAUUUGUAGAUCUAAUUGCCUUUGUUGAGCGAUUCAGGACUCAGGGAGCAUCCCAUGCAGCCAAGUAGAGGGAGCUCAGAGGGGCUCCACAGAGUGGAAGGUUCUUACAGGAAGGACAGUGGGGGCAAGAGGUCCAUUAGCAAAAGAAAAGGAUUGUUUGCAGCCAGAUCACCUUCCCUACCUGUAAGGGCCGGGGUCCUUUGGGGUUGGAGAGGACCCAGUGGCAGACUCCACUGACUACAGGGCUCCUGACAACCGGUUAAAGCUGCAUUUCUGGGGGAGGUUGCAGCUAGGUCAGGCAUAAAGCCCUGGUUUGGGCCUGUGAUUUGCUUUUGAACAAAAAAAAGAAGACUGGGGCGCCCGGGGGCUCAGUAGGUUGAGCGUCCGACUCUUGGUUUCAGCUCAGGUCAUGAUCUCAUGGUUCGUGAGUUUGAGCCCCGCUUUGGGCUCUGUGCUGACAGCAGGAGCCUGCUUGGGACUCACUUUCUCUUUCUCUCUCUCUCUCUCUCUCUCUCUCUCUCUCUCUC